ACCAAACAGUCUCACGACAAUAUCAUAAAAUUCUAGAUAAAAUCGACGAAAUAAAACACAAUCAACAUUCGGGUUGGACUUAUGAGUAUAGUAAAAAGAUCUUUUUAGAAAUAAGUGUGUACCAGCCACUCCGAGGUAGAUCACAUUUUGUAUUACCAAAGAUUUGGGCAAAACUUCAGUUAGGAAUAAUCAAUCCACAAAAUACAGAUGAAAGAUGUUUCGAAGCCUGUUUAAAAGGUUAUUUAGCUAAUUUCAUCGGUAUAGAUUUUCCAGCCACAUUGCAUGAUAUUGACAAAUUCGAAGAAAAUAAUCUGUCUUAUUCAAUAAAUGUCUUCUAUCCAGCACCGUCCAAAAGUGAAAAAGAGCAGGCAACUAGAAAGUUGGACCCACUUCGAAUAUCAGAAUACAACUAUCAAAGAGAACAUAUGGUAUAUUUAAUUUUAUUUACUGAAGGAGAGGAAGAUUUGAGAGAUCACCAUAAUAUUAAUGAAAUCCCUCCAGGAUUAAAUACGUACUAUUGUCUUAUCAAUGGUGAAA